CACAGCUGAACAAGUCCUAAGACCCAACGCCUGCAGACACUUAGUGAAGUUGUCCAGCUCCUGGUCGCUCCUCAUCAUCAUCAUCAUCAUCAUCCUCUGCAUCUUCAUCCUCAUCUUCGUCAUCCUCGUCUCCUGGAAGCUUUGAGAGGUCAUGGCGGGCAUCGCUCCUCUCCUCCGAGUCCUGCUGCUGCUGCUCGGAGUUCUGCUCAUCUCUGCACAGAGGAUCAGAGUGCGACGGCAGAACAUGAAGGUUCGGAUCAACGCUACGGGCGACACCAUCGUGAUGAAGUUCGUGCGUCCGAGUCCCGACGUGAAGCUGGAAGGUUACAUCCUGGGUUACGGCAGCAGCAUGUUCUCCAAACAGUUCAUCCAGCUGCCGGAGAACGGGAAACCCUACGAGACGGAGCUCGACGCUGAGCCGAAGUACCUGGUCGCCGUUCAGCCGAUUCCAGUCAACGACGUGAAGAAGCAGUGCACAGGGAAGGUGAACCUGGACAAGCCGCUGCACCUGGUGAUCGGCUCCGUCAGCCCCACGGCCGUGCUGCUGUCCUGGGGAAGCUACCUGAAGACACCCUACGAGGGGAACAUCAUGAACGAGUGUCUGGAGGACGGGUUCUACACCAUACGUUACAGGGAGAGGAACAGGAAGUGGAUCUACCAGACCUGCCCGACCAGCGACACGGUCAUCGACAACCUGAAACCCAACACGGCCUACGAGUUCGGCGUCCGCUCCAACAAGGACGACCGCAGCGGCACCUGGAGCAAACCAGUCAUCCACAACACCAACAUGGGCAAUAAGAACAUCCAGAAGCAGUACACGGUGCGUCAUCCUCUGGCGAAGCCGAUGAAGCCGCUCGGACCUCACACUCUGUUCCCGCCUCGUCCCGCUCUGCACAACCGGACACAACCACGACUCCCAUCUCUGUUCAAAAACCCAAUGUUCCCCGGAGCACCUCGCACUUCCUUUGCGCCACCUGAUGGCCACCAGGACUCGUUCCCUCUGCCGGGCUCCGCCAAGCCUAAACGGCCUCACGUGUCACUCGACAAUGAAAACUCUUUUAGAAACGACAGCAACCAACCAGCGGAUCCUCAUCGUGCCCUCCCCCGUCUCCUGCCCACCAAAGCCCCUCCCACCAACGCCAACGCCUCCCCCAACCUUAAAUUACCCUCCAAUGGUGAUUUCCUUCAGGGGCAGACUCAGCCCAGGCCUCCCACUAAUGCACCUGAGAAGCCUCAUAACCCUUCUGCUUUCGGCAAAUCACAGGAUGGAUCGUCACUGCUGAGAUCGGCUCUGGCCAAUGAGAGGGCCAAAGCUAAUAACUGGGGUCAAAGCAACAAAAGAAAUGUCUCUCCGUCGCUGCCUUUACAGCCCUACAACCCAGCUGUUGCCACGGUUUCCAGAUCCAUGGGGCCUCCACCAAGAAAACCCCUCUUUCCCUUCUCUAACGGCUUCAGACAGCCCCACUCUUCCUCUAGACCCAGUAACUCAUCCCCAACCUCGGGCAUUCUCGGGGUUAACGGACAGCCUCAUCGGGGCAUUUCCCCGCCUAAACCCGCCUUAUGGUCCCGACCUCGAUUCGGACCGCCUGCUCGGCCGUCCGCACCCUUCAACAAGAAACCAAACCAGGUCGGAGAACCCGGAGAUACAGACAAAGUGAACAACUUGAAGCAGACGGACAAGUUGCCGUUCCUGAAACCCAAAGUGCAGUCGGCGACCGCCAAGCCCACCAAGCAGGAACGGAAACAAACCACGACAGUUUCACCGACACCGGCCGCCAGUCGACAGGAAACCUGGGAGGACUCAGACCUGUUUAAAUCACAGCCGACAUCAGACGUCGACGCUCUGGGCAAGAAACGUUUUGUGGCGCCACACGUCAUUUACCAAACCGGCAAGAAGCUGGAGGAGCCGUGCUCCAUCACCUCCUCCCUCAGCUACUUCCCUGAAGACGAACCCGGCGAGACCAACGUGACGGCUCCACCCAGGAGUCCUCCCUCCAACCUCACUGUGGUGACGGUGGAAGGAUGCCCGUCCUUCAUCAUCCUAGACUGGGAGAAAACAGACAACGACACCACCGAGUACGAAGUCAUCUCAACGGCUAAAGGACCAGAUGGAGAGCAGGUUUCCAUCCUGACCACCAACCAGACUCACACCACCGUGGAGAACCUCAGACCUGAGAGCAGUUACGAGUUCAAAGUGAAGCCAAAGAACGAGCUGGGUGAAGGUCCGUCCAGCGAGCCGGUUUCCUUCAACACAGAGUCAGCCGACCCGCGUGUGAGCGAGAACGUUUCAGGAAAAGACGCCAUCUGGACUCAGUUCCCCUUCAAAACCGACUCGUACUCUGACUGUCACGGCAAACAGUACGUGAAGAGAACCUGGUACCGCAAGUUCGUAGGCGUGCAGCUCUGCAACUCGCUGCGGUACAAGAUCUACCUCAGCGACUCGCUCACCGGUAAAUUCUACAACAUCGGAGAUCAGACCGGCUUCGGUGAGGAUCAUUGUCAGUUCGUCGACUCGUUCCUGGACGGACGGACCGGACGGCAGCUGCAGUCCGCCCAGCUGCCGUCCAGAGCCGGUUUCUACAGAGCGCUGCGUCAGGAGCCCGUCCACUUCGGCCAGAUCGGAGGACAUUCUCACAUCAACUACGUGUCAUGGUACGAGUGCGGGACGCCGAUCCCCGGCAGAUGGUGA